CCGCGCUCCACCGCAGAACAACACGAGUCUGUGCGGGAUCUGCCGAUGUGGGCACCACGCUUGCAGGUGAGCCUGACAAUCAUCAUGAAAGGUCGGAUGCACAUGGGUUCCAUCAUCAUGUUUCUCUGGCCCCUCCGAGCCAGAAGGGCUGCUGUGCCCACUACACCCCUAGAUCAGUGCCCGAACUUGCUGCACUGAAUUCGGCCAUGGAUCGUGUCCUCGCUGCCAAAGACAUGCGGCAACUGAAGAUCCAGCAGCUGGAUGCAUACACGAAGGGCUGCUUUGUCUACCGCACCCCAACGCAGUGCCCGAACUUGCUACACCGAAUUCGGCCAUGAGCAAUGCGACUGCCGCAGCAAACAAAAAAAAUGCGGCAACUGAAGCUCCAGCCAGGAUGCAUCCAUGCAGUUUUGGAAGAAUUCACGACACGCAAAUGCUUGUAUACAACGAGCCCUGGGCACACCCAGGUGCUCCCAACCAUCCCACGGCGGACACGCCCCUCACCUCCCUUUCAGAUGGUGAGGGGGGCCAGGAGGGGCCCUGGCGGCACAAGCGCGCCUGCUUCGGCACUUGGCUAAAGCAAAAGGCCGCCGAAUCUUGCAUUGCGAAUUAUAAAAACAUGAAAAAAACAGGCGGGCGGCUUGGAAACACUGCGGGCACGAAGCGAGGGGGAGCGCUAGACGCGUGAACAGAAAGAAUGCAACCACUACGCGGGGACAAGAGUCGGCUGCAUGCAAUUACGAUGCAACAACUGAUUGGGGACAAAAGCUGCCUCACAACUCGCGAGGCAGAACGCGCGAGAGAUGUUCCACAACCCGAGCGGGUGUUUGCACGCGGGCUGAGAGACGUCACGCUCUUGCGGUCUCCCUGCAGGCCAGACAAAAAAUUGCGAGCUCCCUGACGCUCUCAGGCUUGGCCGUCGGAAGUAAGAUGAUCUCGUCUUCGGCUGGCACUGGCCCUUGAGGCUGCAGCCCAAGCCCAGGAGAGCCGUCCGUGAUAGCGGAGGUCCCGGAAAUCCGACGUAGCCAACAAAAUGAUCAGAAUCUGCGUAUCUUGUUCUCUUCUGCAGGGCGGCCUGCCC